AUUGUAUGUCUGUUGGAAGAUUUUUUGCUUAAAUCAAGUAUUUGUAAUUUCAAGAGGUAUUUGGUCCACAUGGUUGCAUUUAGAACUAACAUUGGGGAAAAUCUGACAAUCUGUGUAUUGUCAGUUACAUCUUCAGGUUAAAACCCACUGAAGUGUAGAGAUUCCAUUAGAAAGCCUUUAGAUUGCUCUUUAACAGAGCCUGCUUGUAUUGAGUGUUUAUUCUGUGGCAAGAAUUGGUAAAUGUCAGCAAAACAGACUCUGCUGCUCAUGUUGUUAAUAAAGUAGCUGCCCCUUCGGUAGAAGCUUGAUAAAUGCAUGCCUGGAGGCAUGCAUGAGCCAAGAGAACAGUGUACAGAAAUACUUUAAACUUCUUCCACAGCAAUCUCACAGGUUAACUUGUGAUUGUGAUUUUAUGUCCCAGAAAAAUGCGGGCAUUUGGUGGAUACCUUUGUGUAAUAAAGAAAACACACCCCAAACAGAAGUUAAACCUUGGUAAUUUGUAGCCUAUAUGAUGUUUUUUCAGCUAACACUGUGUGAACAACUAUGCAUGGCUGUAUACAAAAAGCUACAGUAUAGAUCUGUGCACUUUAUGUUGAUACCUAGAUGCUUUUACUAAGUCCUUAUUUCUUUUAAAACAGAUAACAUUGCUGCAGAUGGAGCACAACUUUGACAUCAUGAACCAUGCUUGUCGAGCCUUAACAUACAUGAUGGAAGCACUUCCCAGAUCAUCCGCUGUAGUGGUAGAUGCAAUUCCUGUCUUCUUGGAAAAGCUGCAAGUUAUUCAGUGCAUUGAUGUGGCAGAGCAGGCACUGACAGCCCUGGAGAUGCUAUCGCGCAGGCAUAGUAAAGCCAUUCUGCAGGCAGGUGGGUUGGCAGACUGUUUGCUAUAUCUGGAAUUCUUCAGUAUAAAUGCGCAGAGGAAUGCACUAGCUAUUGCUGCCAAUUGCUGCCAGAGUAUAACACCUGAUGAGUUUCACUUUGUGGCAGAUUCUUUGCCAUUGCUUACACAAAGGUUAACCCAUCAGGUAAGAGCUGUUGUAAAGCAGAAGGUUUCCUUUUGACCUGAAAGUAGUAUA